UCUGCCAAGAAGCACGGAAGUGGAAGUUUGCUGGUGAAAGAGCAGCUUUCCGGUCUUACCGCUGCUGCUAAGUCUGACAGGAUUGUCAGUAACUAUGGCUGCUAAAGAAGUGAAAUCUGCCUUGAAGAAUGCAAGGGAAGCCAUAAAAAACAAAGAAUACAAAGAGGCCUUAAAACACUGCAAGGCUGUUCUUAAACUGGAGAAGAACAACUACAAUGCCUGGGUGUUCAUCGGGGUUUCAGCCUGUGAGCUGGACCAGCCAGAUCAAGCCCAGACCGCUUAUAGGAAAGCCUCAGAGCUGGAGCCUGAACAGCCCCUGGCUUGGCAGGGGUUAGCGAACUUAUAUGAAAAGAACAACCAAGCAGAUUUCAAAGCAGAGCUGCCAAGCGUCUAUCAGAAACUUGUCACGUUGUACGAAAGUUCAGACAUACAAAAAUGUUGCGAAGUGUGCAAAAAAUUGGCAGACCUCUUUCUGGAAAACAAGGAUUAUUUGCAGGUAGCGAGAACGUUUCGCAAACUGAUCCAAUUAAAAGAAGACGGAAGAGGGGAGAAGGCCGUAGACAAGGGGGAGGUGCUGCAGCUGUGGAAGCAGAUGAUCCAGCUUCUGGCCGACAGCGUGGAGGAGCAAGACAACGAGACGCAACAGCAUUUAAUAACAGCUUUUGAGAAGGCCAUGACACUGACAGACAGUGUCCCUUCUGAUGGCCACAAGAAACUGUUAAUUGAUUACAUUAGUUGUCUGUCCAAGCUCCAGCAUGAGCAGCUGAAGACGAAGGAAAUAUGUGAGACCAUGCUGUCACUAUAUCCUGAACAGACCUUCCCUUUGGAGGAACUCGGCAAGUGGUACCUCAAGACAAGUGUCAACAGCGAUGAGGCUGCAAGGUGCUUCACACAGCUCUUGGACCUGGAUGAGAACAGCGGGCUGGGACGUAUCGGUUUUGGUGUCAGAGCUCUGGAGGAGGGAAAAUAUGAAGAGGCUAUCAAGCAUCUUGCUCAGGGACUCAAGCGCAUGCGCUCCAGCACUUUGGCCUGGUACAGCCUGGCCCAGGGCCAGAUCAAAAUGCAUCGAUAUCGAGACAGCGUAGUAUCUUGCAAUCAAGGGCUGAAAUGUUGUUGUGCGAAGGAGGAGGAGCUGAGAACAAAGCUCCUGCAGCUCAGGCUGGAGGCUUUGCUGCGAAGUGGCGGGGAGCAGAAUGCUGAUGAGGCUCUGGAGACUCUCUCACAGAUUCCUCAUGCUGACAAGGACCCAGUUCUAAUGUCAUUUAAAGGAAGAGCAUAUUUACAAAAAGGAUCCCUUGACCAAGUGUUUCAGCUGUCAACUGAGCUCCUGGCCUCUAACCCUGGCCUGGCAGAUGCUGUGGCCCUACAGGGUCUUGCUCAUCUUGCCAAGGAUGAGCUCCAGCAAGCAGAGCAGAACUUCCUGAAGGCAGUGGAGUUGCGCCCAGACUCUUGGGAGUACUACUUUUUGCUGGGGCGCCUCUACUGGCACAUGGGCAAGGAGAGCCAACGUGACAAAAGCAAGACUCAAACCCACCUGCUAAAGGCUGCAAAGCUGGACCCUUUCCUGGGACCUGCCUUCCGAUACUUGGGCCAUUACUACAGAGAGAUUACAAAGGACCGGGUGCGAGCCAGGGGGUGCUACAAGCGAGCAUUUGAGCUGGAUAAUGGUGAUGUGGAGUCUGGGGCUGCCACUGUGGACCUGAGCAUGGAGCAGGGAGAUAUGGACUCUGCUUUGGAGGUUCUAAAGGCUGUGACAGAAAAGGCAACUCCUGGUUCAGCCAAGUGGGCCUGGAUGAGGCGAGGACUGUACCACUUGAAGAUUGGCCAGCACUCUCAGGCCAUCGCAGACCUCCAAGCUGCCUUGAGAGCUGAUCCCCAGGACUGCAUCUGCUGGGAAUGCCUGGGAGAGGCCUACUUGAACAGAAGGAGCUUCACAGCUGCUCUUAAGGCCUUCGCCAGGGCCCACCAGCUCAACCAGGAGUCAAUCUACAACCUCUACCAGAUGGCCGCCAUCAAGCAGACACUGGGGAAGUUCAAGGAGGCCGCCAGCGAGUACCUGCAGAUCAUAAAGCGGGAAGAAUAUGUUCCAGCGCUGAAAGGUUUGGGAGAAUGCCAUUUGGCCAUGGCUCGGGCUGCUUUGGAAGACUACCUGGACGGGAGAGCAGUAGACCUCAUUCAAGAGGCUAUCUCAUACCUCUUCAGGGCAGUACGUCAGCGUCCAGACUUGUCCUGUCUGUGGAAGCUCCUUGGAGAUGCCUGCACAGCCACCCAUACAGUCUCCCCCAACCGGGCCAGAGUACUGAUUCCUGGUACACUGUCAGGGUUGGACCCCCCUGAUCAGGAACACACCCUCACCCAGACCCAGGUCCUCAAGCUGGGCGAGAGGUGCUACGCUCAGGCACUCAAGCUCAUGGCAGAGGCAGCAAACUUGUGGUAUGACCUUGGCCUUAACUAUUACCAUCAGUCCAGUCGGCUGACCUCCCCAGAGCAGGAUCCAGAAUACAAGCUGCUCCUGGAGAAAUCCCUGCAGUGUGUAAAGAAAGCUGUGAUGCUGGACAGCAGCAACCACAGCUACUGGAAUGCCCUGGGGGUAGUGGCCAUGAGCAAAGGGAUUGAAAAUUUUGCUCUAGCUCAGCACUCCUUCAUUAAAUCUGUGAAGAUGGAAGCAAAUAAUGUUGUUGCCUGGACAAACCUUGGGACCUUGUAUUUGAAGAAAGAAAAUAUUGAGCUUGCACAUGAGGCCUUCAAGAUUGCUCAGUCUCUCGAACCUUUGUAUGUCAGAUGCUGGAUUGGACAGGCCCUCAUUGCUGAGACUGUUGGGAGCUAUGACACCAUGGAUCUCUUCAGACACACCACAGAGCUGAGCACUCAUACGGAAGGCGUGAAGGGCUAUGCAUUCUGGGUUUGCUCGACCCUGCUGGAUAAAAGCAACCGGGACUCGGAGCUGUACCGUUACAACAUCAUCCAGAUGAAUGCUGUGUCAGCUGCUCAGGUUGCUUUGUGCAAAUAUACUGAGAGAAUCCAGACAGACUCUGGUGCAUUCACUAUGCUGGGCUACCUAAAUGAACACCUGCACCUCAAAAAACAAGCACGUCAAGCCUACCAAAGAGCUGCUGAGCUCCUUCGGUCCUCGGAACAGUCAGAAAGUCUCAACUUUGCUCUUAGGAACUAUGCCCGUGCCCUUUGCAACACAGGCCAGUGGGACAAGGCAGUGCGAGUCUAUUCCUCCACACCUAAGGAAGAGCUCCAUGACCUCACAGGUCUGGCAUUGGCCUGCUUCAGGGCAGGACACCUGCAGGACAGUUUGCGUGCCUACGAGCAAGCUCUAACAGUGGCCUCCAGCGAGAAGGAGAAGACCUACAUCCUGACAGCCCUGGCUAUCCUCCAGCACCGACAGGGCUGCAUGGACGUGGCCAAGACGCUGCUCUUCAAGUGCUCCAUGCUGCAGGAGCCUGCAGCAGAGAGCCUUCUUUCCCUGUGUGCCCUGGGCCUGGUGCAUAGUGAUAGCACUCUGGCGAGUGCCGCUCUCUCCGAGCUGCUUAAGCGGACCUCUGGCCAGGGCACUGUCGAGGAGCGCUGCAUCCUCACCUGCACCCUGCUGGCACUGCAAGGGAACUAUAGUGCUGUGCAGAAGGAAGCUGCACGGGCUGUGCACAGUAACCCAGGAAACCCAUCUCUCUGGGCCCUGCUGUCUCGACUGGUGCCUCAGUAUUAUCCCAGGAAGGCUGAUGGUGGUGCAGUUGCUGGGAGUGUGGCUUGUCUAUCCAGCAUGACUCAGGGAAAGAAGGCGCUGUUGUUCAGUGGCAUUAACCAGCUGGCGUCUGGCAGGCACUCGAUCGAGGACAAAAUGAGAAAUGCUUUGAAAACCAUUCAGACGGCCGUUCGCCUUUGCCCUGAUGACCCAGCAGGGUGGGCUGCGCUCAUGGCCGCCUGUCACACGGAGAACACGGCCCGCUUGCUGUCUAGCUCAGCUCCUCGCAGGGAGGGCCUCGAGCGGCAGCUCAUGACCCUGGUGUCAGAGAAAGUGCGGGUGAUGGAGGAGCGGGAGCGACCCCUCGCUCGUGCCCUGGAGGCCUGGGCACUCCAGCAGGCUGUGUCUGGGCUCAAGCAGAGUGGGCAGCCUGCAGAGGCUGAAGCCAUCUGUAAACAGGUAGAGCCACAGGCCCUGUCACCAGAGCAGCCUGCCGUGUUCCUGUUGCUGCGGCAGAUCCAGUGUGAGAGCCUCCUGCUCUCCCGUACCACCCUGCCCUCCUCUGUGUUGGAACAGCUCAGCAGUGCAGUCUUAGCCAAUGAGGCAUGCGUGCAGGCCUGGCACUGGCUGGCAGAGGUGUACCGUUUGCAAGGUCUGCUGGUCCAGGCCGUCAUGGCCUACAGACAGAGCCUCCAGCUGGCCUCUCAGCUGGGCUCCUUCAGUGGGAAGGUGGCCAGCCUUCUGCGGCUUGCACUGCUGGCACUGGGCCCAUGCAUGGCCAGUGUCCAAGGCGCUGAGUGGAAGGACUUGGUCCUGGAGGCCACCACAGAGGCUUUGAAGCUGGGCCCCUGCCCCAUUGCACUCCUCAUCCAAGCCCUGCUGCAGUUCUCCAUCAAAAUGGGAGCCAGGGAAACACGUCGUCUGCUGGAGAGGAUCGUUUACACGCCCUCCCCAUUGCAGCCUGAGACCGUCACCUCCGUGGCCCGCUGGUACCUUCUCCGGCACUUGCAUGCCAAGGAUGACCACGAGCUGAUGGAUACCCUGAUGGAUCAUGCCAAAGCAGCUGGAGAUUCCAAACUUGUAGAGUUUCACAAACAGCUUUCCUCUUAAUGCUGAAUUACACAAGAAGAUACCAGUCUGUGGCAGUAAAAAAAAAAAAAAAAAAAAA